CUAAGCAGUUCAACUGAAGACAAAGUUUGAGCAAAAUGAAAAAGUUUAUUGGAAUUUCCAUUGCUGUAGCAUUCGUGCUGACUUGGGGCGUUUCAGCUAAGAAUUUGAAAUCUUCCUUUACUCCGAAGGACCCAUUCAACAUUAAGUCCAGACUUCUUGGAAGUUCAAGAAUUGUUAAUGGCGUCCCCGCCACACUAGGUCAGAUUCCGGAACAAGUUUACUUGUUGGGCUAUAGUGAUCCUCUGGGGCUUAUUGAAAUGUAUGCUUGUGGAGCAAUCAUCGUAAGACCACGUUGGGUUAUUACUGCAGCACAUUGCCUGGAUGUAACAUCUUCGCUGGGUACUCCUGUGGCAAGUAUCAGACUCCGUGCUGGUAUGGUUAACCUUAACAACCCAGGCUCCACUCAACAAUCCAUACUUGUUUUAGCAUCUGGCAAUAUUUAUCCACAUCCUAAUUACAAUUCUGACACAUUAGAGAAUGAUAUUGGUCUCAUAAGAGCAACAAGUCUUCUAGUAAGUCAAUUCAAUUUGAAUGGGCCUAAUGUAAGAGCCGCCAAUUUACCAUCAAGCACCCUAAAUAUGGCAAAUUAUGUUGGUACUGAUCUCAGAAUCUCAGGAUAUGGACUAACGCAAACAAAUGGAAACACCUCAACUAUACUACUCACGGCAGUAAUUAAAAUCAUCUCAUUCAGUUCCUGUGAUCAAGUAUACGCCCCAGAUGGCAUUCCAAGUACUUGCUUCUGUGGUCAAGAUUCAACAGCGCCCAUAAGUUCCGGAUGUCAAGGUGAUUCAGGUGGCCCAGCAACUAUUAUGAUUGGCACAACACGCACCGUUGUUGGAGUAGUUUCAUUUGGUGGCGACACCUGUGGAACACCUCCACAGGGAUUCACAGAGAUUGCGAAAUUCAUCACUUGGAUGAAUCAAUACAUUAAUGGGUCCUAAGCGUCUUCAAUGCUGCCCAUUUGAAGGUCAAGGAAAAAGGACAACAAACUUAUAAAGAUUUUACAGCUUAUCUUCUUUUUUCUUUAUACAACAAAUAAAUAAAAUUAUUAUUCGUGCAAUAA